AUGAAGAUCGCCUUUAUUCUCGCCGCCUGUGCCGCGCUCUCCGCAGCUGCUGUUACGGAGUCUCAGAACUUUGCAACCACGGAAGCCAUGUCUCUCGUCGAGGAUGUCUUCGCGUUUAGCACCAACCCCGAUGAUGGGUUGCAGCGCCAAUGCGGUGGCCUUACCCCGAGCCAGUGUAGACGGAUUUGUGGCCAACUUGGCUACCGAUGCUGGCGCUGCACUGGCUCUGCCUGCAUCUGCUCCAACACCGGCUGUUAA